AUGCACCCUGGUGGUGAAUCUGGCAGGGAUGCUGCAGCAACGCACCCCGAUGCGGUGCCCUCGGCGGUAGCUGUGAGGGAUGCGGCAGCAGUGCAGAGCAGUGGCGCGGCUGGCAGCAUCGCUGGGGUGUACGUGAAGGCUUCGAAGAAGAUGAUGAGCUUUUACGAUGCCACCAGAGAGCACCUGCUGAGCCUGGAGCCGGCGCUGCUCCUCCUCGAGGCGCAGGCGGCCACGGGUGGCAUCGCUGAUCUGGGGCAGAAGUCACACGUGUCCGUGGCAGAGGCCGUGCAGAGGGGGCUGGUGGGGCUGGAGCUGAAGGAGAGGCUGCUGGCUGCCGAGAGAGCGGCCGCCGGCUUCGUGGACCCCUACACGGAGGAGCAGAUCCCUCUGUUCCAGGCGCUGCAGAAGGAGCUGCUUGGGAGGGAGCAGGGCUUGCGGCUGCUGGAGGCCCAGCUGGCAACCGGGGGCCUCAUCGACCCGGCUGCAGGCGGGCGGCUCCGGGCAGAGGCUGCCUAUGAGAAGGGGCUCCUGGACGAGGAGAUGGGGCAGCUCCUGUCUGACGGCAGCGAGGAGAGCAAAGGGUUCCUCGACCCCAACAGCAUGGAGAGGGUCAGCUAUGCGGAGCUCAGGGGGCGGUGCGUGGUGGAUCCAGCCUCGGGGUUCCUCCUCCUCCCCCUGCAGCUCACGUUCGCGGGGCUGGGAGGGCGAGUGAGUGGCACGGAGCUGCAGGACACCGGCAUCAUUGGCCUCGACGUGCUCAGGGCUCUGCAGGAGGGGAAGGUGUCAGCCCGGGAGGUGGCAGAGGACGACGAGGUGCAGCGGUUCCUGCGCGGCACGAGGAGCGUGGCCGGCGUGGUUCUGCCCUCCGGGGAGCGGAGGAGCCUCUACCAGGCGCUGCGGGAGCACCUCCUGCUGCCCGGCGCUGCGCUGGCGCUGCUGCAGGUGCAGGCCUCCACCGGCAGCCUGACCGACCCCAUCCAGAACAGGAGCUUCUCCGUGGAUGAGGCUGUCAGGAGCGGCCUCGUCGGCCCCGAGCUCCACGAGAAGCUGUCUUCAGCAGAGAGGUCCAUCAGCGGCUACAGGGACCCCUGCACCGGGGAGAUGCUGUCCCUGUUCCAAGCCAUGAGCAAGGGCUUCGUCCCCAGGGACCACGGCCUCCACCUCCUGGAGGCUCAGGUGGCCACCGGCGGUGUCAUCGCUCCGGGUCGGCACUUCCGUGUCCCCGCCGAGACCGCGUGCCGCUGGGGGUACCUGGAUGAGAGCACCCGGCAGCUCCUCGCCAAUCUCACCCAGGACACCAAAGGGUUCUUCCACCCCAGCUCCCAGGAGAAGCUGAGCUACGCAGAGCUGCUGGCGCGGUGCGUCACUGACCCCAGCACCGGGCUCCUGCUGCUGCCGCUCGGUGACGGGACCGAAGGCACGCGCCUCUUCCUCAACCGCAGCACCCAAACGGCUCUGGAGAACACGAAGGUGCCCGUUGCUGUAGGCAAGUUCAAAGGAAAGCCGGUGUCUCUCUGGAAGCUCCUCUUCUCCGACUACAUCCAGAGCGAGCAAAGAGCCGCCCUCACCCGACGGUACCUGGAGGGAGAGCUCUCCAUGCAGGAGAUGGCCAAGGCCAUCCGUGCCGCUGUUGAGGAAACGGCUUCUGCAGCCAACAUCACCUUUGAAGGGCUGAGGGGACGCGUGACGGCCGACCAGCUCCUGAGCUCCGAAAUCAUCAACAAGGAUCUGUUCAAGAAACUGAAGGAGGGGGAAACGUCAGCCAAGGAAGUAGUGGGCCUGGACACGGUCAGGAAGUACCUGGAAGGGACGGGGAGCAUCGCUGGGCUGCUGCUUCCCGAAUCCCAGGAGAAGAUCAGCAUCUACCAGGCCAAGAGGAAAGGGCUCCUGAGGCCAGGGACGUCGCUCAUCCUCCUGGAGGCUCAGGCAGCCACCGGCUUCGUCAUCGACCCGGCGGCCAACAAACGCUAUUCUGUGGACGAGGCUUUAAGGGCAAACGUCAUCGGCCCCGACGUCUACGACAAGCUGCUGUCAGCAGAGAAAUGCGUCACCGGGUACCGAGACCCCUGCUCAGGGGACAAGAUCUCGCUGUUCCAGGCCAUGCAGAAGGAGCUGAUCGUCAGGGAGCACGGCAUCCGCCUGCUGGAGGCCCAGAUCGCCACCGGCGGCAUCAUCGACCCCGUGCACAGCCACCGCAUCCCCGUGGAGGUGGCCUACAAGCGCGGCUACCUGGACAAGAAGAUGACCGUCAUCCUGUCCGACCCCAGCGACGACACCAAGGGCUUCUUCGACCCCAACACGGAGGAGAACCUCACCUACCUGCAGCUGAAGGAGAAGUGCGUGACGGAGCCGGGCAGUGGGCUCUGCCUCCUCCCCCUGAACAGCAAGAGGCGGCAGUUCGUGGACGCUGCCACGCGAGAGCUGUUCUGCAGCUCCUGGCUGCCCGUCCGCUUCGGGCGCCUGCGUGGAGAGAGGGUCUCUGUGUGGGAGCUGCUGACCUCAGAGUAUUUCAGCGAGGGGCGGCGCCGGGAGAUCUUCAACCACUACCGGCUGAAGAAGCUCAGCCUGGAGCAGAUCCGGGCCAUGCUGGAGGAGGAGAUGAAGAAGUGGGCCCCCAUCAAGUUCCCGGCCCUGAGGGGCAGCGUCAGCGCGUACCACCUGAUGGAGACGGGCAUCAUUGACAGGGCCCUGCUGGAGGAGGUGCUGGAGGGGUCCGUCAGCCCCGAGGAAGUCCUGCGCAUGGACUCGGUCAGAAAGUACCUCUACGGCUCCGGCAGCAUCGGGGGCGUUGUGCUCCAGCCCUCGAACCAGAGGAUGAGCAUCUACGAGGCCAUGAAGCAGAACAUCGUGGUACCCGGAGUAGCCCUGCCGCUCCUGGAGGCCCAGGCUGCCACAGGGUUCAUCAUCGACCCCGUGAACAACCAGAAGCUCCGUGUGGAUGAGGCCGUCAAGGAGGGCGUCAUCGGGCCGGAGGUGCACGAGAAGCUGCAGCAAGCAGAAGGGGCAGUGUCGGGCUACAAGGACCCCUUCACGGGCAAGAAGAUACCCCUCUUCCAGGCCAUGAAGAAGGGUCUGAUUGCGGACAAGCAGGCUAUGCAGCUGAUGGAGGUGCAGAUGGCAACCGGAGGCAUCAUUGACCCAACGUGCGGCCACCAUGUCCCCAUCGAGGCUGCCCAGAAGCGCGGGUGCCUGGAUGAGGACACAAGCAGAGCCCUUUCUGAGCCCAGUGACAGCAACAGAGCUUUCUGCGUCCCAGACAGCAAGGAGAGCGUGAGCUACGCCGAGCUCAUCCAGCGCUGCCAGAAGGACGAGGUGUCUGGCUUCCACCUGCUGCCCCUGCUGCAGACGGCCGCUCCUGCCUACACGGAUGAGCAAAUCCAGCAGCUCUUCCAGGAAACCACGGUGAAGGAGAAAGGAGUCUCCCUCUGGGCGCUCAUCCACUCCGGGUACUUCACCGAGGAGCAGAGGAGGGACUUCGUGGAGAGGUUUCGGGCGAAGGAAACGUCGCUGCAGCAGCUGAUUGCGCUGGUGCUUGGGCUGGUCGGGGAGAUGGAAAUGAAAGCCCGCACCCACAUCAUGCUGGGGGGUCUGCGGGGCAGCAUCCCCGCCGUCUGGCUGCUGGAGGCUGGCAUCAUCACAGAGAAGAUGUUUGAGGAGCUGGCUCAGGGCAUCCGAACUCCCGAGGAGGUGGCUGAAGUGGGCAGCGUGAAGAGGUACCUGCAGGGCACGGGCAGCAUCGCUGGGGUGCUCGUAGAGGCGUCCCAAAAGAAGAUGAGUUUUUACGAAGCCAUGAAGAACAACCUCCUCCUGCCCGGGGCUGCCCUGAAGCUGCUGGAAGCUCAGGCGGCCACGGGGUACCUCACCGACCCCGCCACGAGCCACAGGCUCAGCGUGAGGGAUGCUGUGCGGGCGGGCGUUGUUGGUGAAGAGCUCACUGAGACGCUGCUCCGCGCGGAGAGGGCGGUAAUGGGCUACACAGACCCCUACACCGGGACCCCCAUCUCCCUGUGCCAGGCGGUCAGGAAGGAGCUCGUUCCCAUGGCCGAUGCUGUGCCUUUGCUGGAGGCCCAGCUGGCCACCGGAGGGGUCAUCGAUCCCAUCCACCACCAUCACCUCCCGCUCCAGGCUGCGUACAGGUACGGCUUCUUCGACGAGGACUUCAACCAAAGCCUCGUGCAGCUGAACGACAGCACCAAGAUCUUCUUUGAUCCGAACACGAAGGAAAACGUGAGCUACCAGCAGCUGAAGGACCGGUGCGUUUACGAGGCCGAGACGGGUCUCUGGCUCCUUCCUCUGUCCAAAGAUGCCAUGUUCUGUGUGGAUGACCAAACCAUGGAGGUGCUGAAAUCUGUGACCGUCUGCGUCAACGUAGGGCGGUUCAAAGGGCAGACGGUGUCCGUCUGGGACCUCCUCAACUCCGAGUACAUCACGGACAGCAAAAGGAGGGAGCUGGUGCAGAAGUACAGGGAUGAGAACGCCGAAGCACUGCAAGAAAUCGUAACGAUCGUCACCACAAUUAUCAAGGAGACCGAGGCGCAAGGCAAGAAGUUCGCUUUCAAAGGUCUGCGGAAAAAGGUGUCCGCCAGCGAUCUCUUCCGGUCCCAACUGAUAGACAAAAAAACCCUCGAUGAGCUCAACCAGGGGAAGAAAACGGUCCAAGAAGUGACCGAAAUGGACUCCGUCCGCGUAUACCUGGAGGGCAGCAAUUUCAUAGCGGGGGUCCUCAUCCAGCCGAGCAAUGAGAAGAUGAGCAUCUACCAGGCCAUGAGGAAGGGCAUCCUGAGGCCGGGCACGGCGCUGGUGCUGCUGGAGGCGCAGGCUGCCACCGGCUACAUCAUCGACCCGGAGCAAAACAAGAAAUUCUCAGUCGAGGAGGCGCUGAAGGCCGGACUCGUUGGGGUGGAGGUUUAUGAAAAGCUGCUCUCUGCAGAAAGAGCUGUGACGGGCUACGUUGACCCCUACACGAAAGCACCCAUGUCCCUCUUUGAAGCCAUGAACCAAGGGCUGAUCGUGAAGAGCCACGGCAUCCGCCUGCUGGAGGCCCAGAUCGCCACCGGCGGCAUCAUCGACCCCGUGCACAGCCACCGCAUCCCCGUGGAGGUGGCCUACAAGCGCGGGUACUUCAAUGAGGAGAUGAACCGCGUGCUGUCCGACCCCAGCGACGACACCAAGGGCUUCUUCGACCCCAACACGCACGAGAACCUCACCUACAUGCAGCUCCUGCGCCGCUGCGUGCCCGACCCGGACACCGGGCUGCUCAUGCUGCAGCUGAUGGACAAGGGCUCGGUGCUCUACCAGCUGAGCGAGGACGCCCGCAAAGCCCUGCAGACCGCCCGCACCACCGUCAGCGCGGGGCUCUUCCAGGGCCAGAGCGUCACCCUCUGGGAGCUCCUCUUCUCUCGCUACGUCCCCGAGCGCCGGCGCCAGGACCUCCUGCGCAAGUACAAGGCGGGGACGCUGAGCAUCUCCGAGAUGACCGCCCUUCUCACCGCCAUCGUCACCGGGGCCGCGGGACGGGGCCGUGCCGCCUCCAGCCAGGAGACGACGCAGCAGGAGCCCCCACCUCCGGCCCACAACGGCGACGCCGGCAGCUCCCGGCAGGACGGCGAGCGCCACGCGGCCGUGGCCGUGGCCACGGAGCUGGAGCUGGAGCGGGAGCUGGAGCGGGAGCUGGAGCUGGAGCGGGCCCUGUCGUCGCGCAGCAUCGAGGUGGCGGGCGGCGACUUCCACGGCAGGAAGGUCUCCCUCUGGGAGCUCCUCUUCUCCAAGUACGUCUGCGAGGCCAAGAGGCGCGAGCUGCUGGGGAAGGCCCGCGACGGCAGCCUGACGCUGGACGAGCUGGCCAGGCUCCUGGCCGCCCUGGUCCAGGAGGCAGUGGAGCAGAGCAGCAAGGUGACGUUCCGGGGCCUCAGGCGGCAGGUGACCGCCUCGGACCUGCUGGACUCGGGCAUCAUCGACAAGGACACGCUGGCCGACCUGGUGCAGGGCUCCAAGACGGUGGAGCAGGUGACGCAGAUGGCCUCGGUCAAGCGCUACCUGGACGGCACGGGCUGCAUCGCCGGCGUGCUGGUGCCCUCCAAGGCCGAGCCCGCCCAGACGGACAAGAUGAGCAUCUACCAGGCCAUGCGCAAGGGCAUCCUGAGGCAGGGCACGGCCCUGGUGCUGCUGGAGGCGCAGGCUGCCACCGGCUUCCUCGUCGACCCGCUCACCAACCAGAAGCUCUCCGUGGACGAGGCCGUCUCCUCCGGGCUGGUGGGCAGCGAGCUGCACGAGAAGCUGCUGUCGGCCGAGAGGGCCGUCACGGGCUACACCGACCCCUACACCGGCGCCCAGAUCUCCCUCUUCCAGGCCAUGCAGAAGGAGCUGAUCGUCAGGGAGCACGGCAUCCGCCUGCUGGAGGCCCAGAUCGCCACCGGCGGCAUCAUCGACCCCGUGCACAGCCACCGCCUGCCCGUCGAAGCCGCCUACCAGCGGGGCUACUUUGACCACGAGGUGAGCCGCGUGCUGUCCGACCCCAGCGACGACACCAAGGGCUUCUUCGACCCCAACACGCACGAGAACCUCACCUACAUGCAGCUCCUGCGCCGCUGCGUGCCCGACCCGGACACCGGGCUGCUCAUGCUGCAGCUGAUGGACAAGGGCUCGGUGCUCUACCAGCUGAGCGAGGACGCCCGCAAAGCCCUGCAGACCGCCCGCACCACCGUCAGCGCGGGGCUCUUCCAGGGCCAGAGCGUCACCCUCUGGGAGCUCCUCUUCUCUCGCUACGUCCCCGAGCGCCGGCGCCAGGACCUCCUGCGCAAGUACAAGGCGGGGACGCUGAGCAUCUCCGAGAUGACCGCCCUUCUCACCGCCAUCGUCACCGGGGCCGCGGGACGGGGCCGUGCCGCCUCCAGCCAGGAGACGACGCAGCAGGAGCCCCCACCUCCGGCCCACAACGGCGACGCCGGCAGCUCCCGGCAGGACGGCGAGCGCCACGCGGCCGUGGCCGUGGCCACGGAGCUGGAGCUGGAGCGGGAGCUGGAGCGGGAGCUGGAGCUGGAGCGGGCCCUGUCGUCGCGCAGCAUCGAGGUGGCGGGCAGCGACUUCCACGGCAGGAAGGUCUCCCUCUGGGAGCUCCUCUUCUCCAAGUACGUCUGCGAGGCCAAGAGGCGCGAGCUGCUGGGGAAGGCCCGCGACGGCAGCCUGACGCUGGACGAGCUGGCCAGGCUCCUGGCCGCCCUGGUCCAGGAGGCAGUGGAGCAGAGCAGCAAGGUGACGUUCCGGGGCCUCAGGCGGCAGGUGACCGCCUCGGACCUGCUGGACUCGGGCAUCAUCGACAAGGACACGCUGGCCGACCUGGUGCAGGGCUCCAAGACGGUGGAGCAGGUGACGCAGAUGGCCUCGGUCAAGCGCUACCUGGACGGCACGGGCUGCAUCGCCGGCGUGCUGGUGCCCUCCAAGGCCGAGCCCGCCCAGACGGACAAGAUGAGCAUCUACCAGGCCAUGCGCAAGGGCAUCCUGAGGCAGGGCACGGCCCUGGUGCUGCUGGAGGCGCAGGCUGCCACCGGCUUCCUCGUCGACCCGCUCACCAACCAGAAGCUCUCCGUGGACGAGGCCGUCUCCUCCGGGCUGGUGGGCAGCGAGCUGCACGAGAAGCUGCUGUCGGCCGAGAGGGCCGUCACGGGCUACACCGACCCCUACACCGGCGCCCAGAUCUCCCUCUUCCAGGCCAUGCAGAAGGAGCUGAUCGUCAGGGAGCACGGCAUCCGCCUGCUGGAGGCCCAGAUCGCCACCGGCGGCAUCAUCGACCCCGUGCACAGCCACCGCCUGCCCGUCGAAGCCGCCUACCAGCGGGGCUACUUUGACCACGAGGUGAGCCGCGUGCUGUCCGACCCCAGCGAUGACACCAAGGGCUUCUUCGACCCCAACACGCACGAGAACCUCACCUACAUGCAGCUCCUGCGCCGCUGCGUGCCCGACCCGGACACCGGGUUGUAUUUCCUUAAGAUUUUUACUAAUUAAUCAUAAUUGCUGCCAUUUCUUUCUGUGUUAUUGCCUUGGUGAGCUAUUUCCUCCCUGUUCAUACUUGUUUUGCUUCUUGAAUUUUUGUCUGUCUUUUUUUUCUCGCUGACUUAUCUUCUUUUUUUUUAUUCUCCUGAGAGCAUUUUGGGGAUUUCCUUCUUCGCUUCCUUUUUUUCAUAGUACUCACGCAUGAAAUAUAGUUUUGAAGUGACUCAUUGAUGCAUUACGUUAUAGCUUUUAAUCCUCUUUCUUUUAUUACCUUCUUGGAAUUCAUGAAUCAGCCUGGCUUAUCUCCGGUCAUUUAUGUGCAAUAUAUUGUACGCUUUCUUCUUAUAUGGACACAAGUCUCUUACAGUAUUAGGUAACGUGAGAACUGAGUUUUUGUUUCCCAUCUCAUGUAUAUUCCUUACGCUCUGAACAUGUCUGCACCGAUCUCCACGGCACUGACACAGUUUUAGGUUUGCACAUCUGAAGGUUACAUGCAGGCACAGCAUCGUGCUUACGCUGGGUGCUUCUGGAGGGGCUUCCUGCCUCAGCCCAUCCUAUUUUCCCGGGGGUCUCUGGACCGCUUCCACCCUCAGCUGAGCGCCGGUUGGUCUCUCACUGCUUCAUGCAACGCAGUCACGUAGUGCUUACUUUCAUAGCAUCACCACCACCGAGGUUGCUUCCUCUCCCUUCCAUUCUCUUGUUCUACAGAGAGCGCCCAUAGUGUUGUUCCAUGCGAUCCUCUCAGGCGCUGGGAGACAGCAGUGGGUCUGUGCUGUACCACCAGCCGGGGCUGUGCUGGUAGCAGUGAGCAGCGGAGAGCUGCAGGAGGGAGCUGUGCCUCCCCUGUUUCCUUCCCUCAUUUCUCAGCUCUGCCAUUCCCUGUGCUUCACAGACCUGUCCACCUCCAGGUGCAGCCCACGUGCGUGCUUCCGCAUUGGAGACAGCCCCGGGACCACUGUGCUGUACACUUCUGGGCUGAAUAACUCUACUCCUGUUUAAUAAAAGGAAACUUACAAUCCUCGGA